AGCCUGGGACUGGGGAGAGUGGCCUGGGACUGGGGAGACUCCAGUCCCGUGGGUAAGGGAUAUGGAAGCUUGGAGACUUCAGGGUUUGGGUUGCCAGCUGGGAGGAGGCUGGCGAAAGGGUGCUGUAGCACUGAGGUGAGGUGACAGGUUACAAGACAGCAAUGAUCUUAGGACCCAGACUCUGAGUCUCACAGAGCUGGAUGUGGGUGGUGAUGCCAUGUGUCAGGAGUUUGGAGACCUUAAAGGGGCAAAGAUAAAAAGUUCACGGGCAGCGAGAGGGCAGUGGAGCGACUAUCUGGAUCUGUAGGAGACCUGUGUCGUCUGGGUUGAAGGGAGCCUGGUUAAUGUCAGCUCCCAGGAGAGAGGUGCUGACCAGAUUCUGCUGAGGCACCCACGGGGAAGGGCAGGGAUGGCUGGCUCCCAGGAGGCACUCGGUGUUGAGAUGAGAGCAAGUGGGUUGGUUCCGUGUGGGGCUUAGGAACAGCUCACCAUCCCAACUUGUGUUCCAGACCCAGGACUAGGGAACCUUUGGCCGCACAACUUGUUGGCUAGAAUAUCUUCCUGUCUCCCUGGUUUGGCGGCUUCUUUCUAGCGUGAGCCCUGAGCCCCUCCGGCCUCUCUCCUCUUCUUCUUGCCUCUGGAGUCCUGCGGAUACCAUUGCCCUCUCCUCCUCUCCCAUCAGGGACUCUUCCUUGGCAUGCUGGCUUUGGGCUGAAAAGAGGCCAAGGAUCAGCCACACAGGGCAGACGGCACCUAUGGGAGGUCAUCUAAGUGAUUUGCCUCCAUGGCAUUUUCUGUUACCACCAGCCCAAGAGUUCUGUGUUUCAGAGACUUGCUACUUCCCUGGGGAGGCUGUGAGAGGCUGUGGGAGGCAGGGGACCCACAGUUCACCAGGCACUCGGUCUUAAUGCUAGCUCUGCUGUGUGUCGCUGUGUAGCCUUAGGCACGUCACUUAACCUCUCUGAGUUUGUGUCUUCAGUCCUGACAGCUGUUAUGAGGAUUGGAGGCAAGGUAUUUGGACGUAUUGUAUGCUCAUGAAGGGAGAGGUAGGAUUGUUUUUGUUUUUUGCUUUCUGGCCUCCCUGUCCUGUCCCAGUCCUGGUACCCUCUCUCCCUCCAGUAGGGAUAAUCUCAGGCUCUCCCACCUGCCAGCAACUCCUGGCUGCAGGUUUGAGUAGCAGGUGUAGCUUGAGGCUAUAAAUUGGGCUAUCCUGAUAGGGUUGAGAAAAGGCAUUAGGGUGUUCUGAGACUCUUUCGGAUGUUGGGUGGGAGCUGGUCAUUUGGAGUCUGGAAAGAUGCUGAGCAACAGUCCCCUGGGGCUCAGUUUCUCCUAUGGAUGCAUGCACGGGCAGGGCUUGCAGUAGCAGGCAAGUUGCGGCUGUGCUGGGCCCAUGGGUCCCCUGGCUUCCUGGCCAAGGAUGCAUCCUGGGCUCUGUCAUCUGUGGCUGCAGAAGUCAACUACUUCAACUCAAAGGAGGGGAGCACUUUCCUCAGAAAGUUUAAGCCCCAAGGCGGGACACAGGAAGGAGAGUGAUCUGGGUGGUCUGGUCGGCCCCUGUGCAUUGGUUCGCAUCAGCACCCCCCACCCCCUGUUUUGAUCAGAACCAAACUAGCACUUUAUGUCUCAUUAACUGGCUAACCUGGGAAACUGGUCCAGAUCCCCUCCCAACCCCACAACCUCUACCUCGCCCCCCCAGGCCCCCAUUGCCCUGAAAUUCAGUGGUGGCCUGGAGGAGGGGGAGGUUCUACCCCCAUGGUUGACUGCCAUGGAAUAGUGAAAUCACCUGGGAGGGGUGGGCUGUGUGGUUCCAGAGAGGCCAGCUCCUUGGUAACUGGCAUCCCGUUGCCGUGGCAACGGCACCGGUGAUGGAGCGGGAGAUGGCAGUGUGCAUGUGGUUCCAGGCAGAGGGUGGUUACGUACUUUACCCUCAGAUCGGGGACCGGCUAGAUCUACUCUGCCCCCGGGCCCGGCCUCCUGGUCCCCACUCCUCUCCCAGUUAUGAAUUCUACAAGCUGUACCUGGUAGGAGGUGCCCAGGGUCGGCGCUGUGAGGCACCCCCCGCCCCAAACCUGCUUCUCACAUGCGACCGGCCGGACCUGGACCUCCGCUUCACCAUCAAGUUCCAAGAAUACAGCCCUAACCUCUGGGGCCACGAGUUCCGGUCCCACCACGACUACUACAUAAUUGCCACAUCCGAUGGCACCCGGGAAGGCCUGGAGAGCUUGCAGGGAGGCGUGUGCUUAACCAGAGGCAUGAGGGUGCUUCUGCGAGUGGGCCAAAGUCCCCGAGGAGGAGCUGUACCCCGAAAACCUGUGUCUGAAAUGCCCAUGGAGAGAGACCGAGGGGCAGCUCACAGCCUGGAGCCUGGGAAGGACAGCCUACCAGGUGACCCCAACAGCAAUGCAACCUCCCGGGGUGCCGAAGGCCCCCUGCCCCCUCCCAGCAUGCCCGCGGUGGCUGGGGCAGCAGGGGGGCUGGCGCUGCUCUUGCUGGGCGUGGCAGGGGCUGGGGGCGCCAUGUGUUGGCGGAGACGGCGGGCCAAGCCUUCGGAGAGUCGCCACCCUGGUCCUGGCUCCUUUGGGCGGGGAGGAGGGUCUCUGGGCCUGGGUGGUGGAGGGGGGCUGGGACCUCGGGAGGCUGAGCCUGGGGAGCUAGGGAUAGCCCUGCGGGGUGGUGGGGCCGCAGACCCCCCCUUCUGCCCCCACUAUGAGAAGGUGAGUGGGGACUACGGGCACCCUGUGUACAUUGUGCAGGACGGCCCUCCUCAGAGCCCUCCCAACAUCUACUACAAGGUAUGAGGGCUCCCCGCUCCUGGCUCUCCUCAAUCCAGCCCUCCGUGGGGUGCUCCUCCAGUUUAAUUCGUGGGAUGAGGGGCACCUGCGCCAUAACCUUGGCCCCCUUGGCCCCACCAGCCCCUUGGCUCCUCCUGGCUAUAGUCCUCGUCUGCAGUUUUAGGAUCCCUUAAGACUUGACUCCACCUCUUCCUGCCCCCUUCCCCCCCCCUUGUAUGGCUGUGGGCGCCCCUCUGAUCUCUGCCUCUUGGGGAAGGGGGCUCAGGCUCAGCCUCCUUUAACCACGACACAGGUGUCCUGUUCCCUCGCCCACCCAGAGUAGGGGUGGGGACAGUCUGUCUUUUGGUUGGCACCUCUUUCUGCCUCUCACAGUUUUUCUCUUUCUCUAUCUCUUAUUCUCUCUCUCCUGUCUCUAGGUCUGUUCUCUUCCUCUUCCCUACACCCUCCUCCUUACAUCUCCAUCUCCUUUACCCUCUUGGCUUCUUGUCCUGUGCUUCUCACACGUGGUGUCCUGGGUUGGGGCAUCAAAGCGUCUCUCCCCUCGGCUCUUGGCCCUUCC